AUGAUGGCGGAGACGGGGAUGGUCAUGGUAGGAGUUUUGGGACUAUGGGCACGCUUUGUCCGAAAACCGCUGCUUGACCUCACCGGAGAAGUGAUACAAGUAACCUCCGAAGUCAUGUUGAGGAUGUGUCGACGAGGUGCAACUUCUUAUGUUCCUCUUUCUACUACUAACUCACCUCCCAUCGAUGGAAGAAGGUGA